CUGCCUUCUUUGUGUUUGUGGUUGGUGUUAUCUGAGCACGUAACGCCUUGCUCAACCCUGGGGCGUUCAUAAGCCAAAUAAUUUGUGUUUUCCGCGACGCAGCAGAACUGUUGGACCAUGUCUGUAGGACCGGAGCCCGGUUUCUCCAACGACGAGGUGCUGAGCCUGCGUUACCCGCUUCAUCGCGCGUGCAGGGAUGGAGACGUCGGCGCGCUGUGGUCUCUGCUCCAGCGCUCCUCUAACCAGGCGGACCUGGCUGCCGAGGACUCGUUUUACGGCUGGACCCCUAUUCACUGGGCAGCACACUUCGGGAAGCUGGAGUGUGUUAUGAGGCUGGUGCAGGUGGGAUGUGAAGUGAAUUCAUUGACCACACGGUUUGCCCAGACCCCGGCUCACAUUGCUGCAUUUGGAGGACAUCCAGAAUGCCUGUUGUGGCUCUUACACACAGGGGCUGAAAUAAACAGACAGGAUUAUGUGGGUGAAGCACCCAUUCACAAAGCAGCACGGGCCGGUAACAUGAAGUGCAUUAAUGUCUUGUUGAUCCAGGGAGCCAAACCGGACCCAGAAAAGGGGGGGAAGCAUUCCAAAAACUGCUGCCACACGUUCUUCAACGAACACCCUUACAUUGAGUGUUCACACUAUCGCUUCCUUCAGUAUCUACACACUGGCAAUCUGUCGAGCUUGAGGAAUGCAAAUGGUUUGACUGCAGCAGAUCUGGCCCAUGCUCAAGGCUUCCAUGAUUGCACUCAGCUCCUCUCUAAUGCACACAACCAGCUAAAUCAGACAAAUGGAUUUGCCCAUAAUGGGACCGACCACUCGCACAUCCAGGGCCGCAGUCUUCUGAAUGGGAUGGCCAAUAGAAAAAGAUUACUUGAUUGCACAGAGCCAAACCAAAUGAAAAAAGCAAGAACUGAGAGCAUGAAUUUUUCAGUGAAGACAAACAAUGAAAUUGGAGAGGAGCUUGAGAGUAUGAAUGUGGAAUCAACUGCUGAAACCCAAUCAGAUGAAGCCAUAGCCACAGGUUUGAGGAAUGGUCAUGGGCAGCAGAACAGUUUCACUGUCAACAGCUUCGCCACAAAUGGGCAGUGCUAUCAGUCCCAAUUCAGUGGGGUUGAGACCAUCCCAGCUGAGUCAAGAAUGGACAUGUGCGGCUCACUGCACCUCAGUGGCAGCCCAAGCAGCUGUGUAUCUCACCGGCCUGCAUGGGGUGCCUUCCUGCCUGACUCCGGUGAGCAUCUGCACUAUGGACACUACCAUGGCUUCGGAGAUACGGCAGAGGACCUGGAAGAUGCUAGCAGCUGUCAGGAGCACAGCACGAUCGUGAAGGUGGAGCAGCACUACGACCAAGAGGUUCUCAGUGCUGUGCAGCUGUUCCAUGGAUCCUAAAGUGAAAAUGAGUUCCGUCCAUUUGAUGACAAGUGGUCACAUUGAUGGCAGCACUAUCCGCCUUAAACUGAGGGGUUAUCUUGCACCUCAACGCAGGCUGUUUUGUUUUUGGAUUUUG